UCACAGCUGUCAAACAAAACAAUGAUUCAUAUUAGUUAGAAGUCGACAAACAAUUGCUGCUGCGAAAUUCAAGAAGUUUUGCGAAAAAUAACACUCGAAAUUAGUAGUUCAACGGAGAGCAAAUUGCUUUUUAACAAACUAAAUUUAUUUCUCCACUCUUCUAUUUGUAUAUAAGCCAACAAACUGGGUAACGAAAUGUCCACCUCAUCCAUGGAAAAACACCUUUUCAAUUUAAAGUUUGCUGUAAAGGAGCUGGAGCGCAACUCAAAAAAAUGUGAAAAAGAGGAGAAGCUUGAGAAAGUAAAGGCGAAGAAGGCCAUUCAAAAGGGUAACAUGGAUGUGGCCCGUAUACAUGCAGAAAAUGCAAUACGACAGAAGAAUCAAGCUGUAAAUUAUUUGCGUAUGAGUGCUCGUGUAGAUGCAGUUGCAAGCCGUGUGCAAUCAGCACUGACUACUCGUAAAGUUACAAGUUCGAUGGCCGGUGUGGUGAAAGCUAUGGAUGCUGCAAUGAAAGGUAUGAAUUUAGAAAAAAUCUCAUCACUCAUGGAGAAAUUCGAAUCGCAAUUCGAAGACUUGGAUGUACAGAGUUCGGUGAUGGAGAAUACCAUGUCCGACACGACUACAACCUCUGUGCCACAAGGCGAUGUCGAUAAUCUGUUACAACAAGUGGCCGAUGAAGCUGGCUUGGAGCUCAACAUGGAACUACCCAGUGGUGUGCAAAGCUCAACUAUUGGUGCAUCUACACAAGUAUCCCAAGAACAGGAUGAAUUAACUCAACGGCUGGCACGGUUAAGGCAAGCCGAAUAGUUUUAUUGCAUUUACGGCCAAGAAUUCUAUUCGAAGUGGCGCUUUAUGUAUGGAUUUGGUAUUACUGGAUGUUUGUAAAACCGUAUUUUUCAUUUCAUUUUAAGUUUAUCGCUUUAUUAUCAUAUGGCCCACGUUGGACGCAUGUAUAAUAAUUAUAUUAAAAAUGCUUCAGAAGU